AUGAAAGAGAAGUCCAAAAAUGCUGCCCGGACUAGACGGGAGAAAGAAAAUAGUGAAUUUUAUGAACUGGCGAAAUUACUACCCUUGCCCUCUGCUAUCACCUCCCAGCUGGACAAAGCAUCCAUAAUCAGGCUCACCACCAGCUAUUUAAAAAUGAGGGUGGUUUUUCCAGAAGGACUUGGAGAAGCCUGGGGCCACUCUAGCCGAACCAGCCCACUGGAUAAUGUUGGACGGGAACUGGGAUCCCAUCUUUUGCAGACGUUGGACGGUUUCAUAUUUGUCGUGGCUCCAGAUGGCAAGAUCAUGUACAUCUCGGAGACCGCCUCGGUGCACCUGGGCUUGUCACAGGUAGAACUGACCGGCAAUAGCAUUUACGAGUACAUCCACCCGGCCGACCACGAUGAGAUGACGGCGGUGCUCACGGCCCACCAGCCCUACCACUCGCACUUUGUGCAGGAAUACGAGAUCGAGAGGUCAUUUUUCCUGAGGAUGAAGUGCGUCCUGGCCAAGAGGAACGCGGGUCUGACCUGCGGGGGCUACAAGGUCAUUCACUGCAGCGGGUACCUGAAGAUCCGUCAGUACAGCCUGGAUAUGUCCCCCUUCGACGGCUGCUACCAAAACGUUGGCUUGGUCGCCGUGGGCCACUCGCUGCCUCCCAGCGCCGUGACGGAGAUCAAGCUUCACAGCAACAUGUUCAUGUUUCGGGCCAGUUUAGACAUGAAGCUCAUAUUCUUAGAUUCCAGGGUAGCUGAACUAACAGGUUACGAGCCCCAGGACUUGAUAGAAAAGACCCUUUACCACCACGUCCACGGUUGUGACACCUUCCACCUGCGAUGCGCGCAUCACUUGUUGUUGGUGAAAGGGCAAGUGACCACCAAGUACUACCGCUUCCUGGCCAAGCACGGCGGCUGGGUGUGGGUGCAGAGCUACGCCACCAUCGUGCACAACAGCCGCUCCUCCCGCCCGCACUGCAUCGUCAGUGUCAACUACGUCCUCACGGAUACAGAAUAUAAAGGACUGCAGCUCUCCCUGGAUCAGGUCACUGCUACCAAGCCGGCUUUCUCAUACGCAAAUUCAGCUCCGACCAUAACGGAUAAUAGAAAGGGAAGCAAAUCUCGCCUCUCGAGCACAAAGUCAAAAUCAAGGACAUCACCAUACCCACAGUAUUCUGGGUUUCACACCGAGAGAUCUGAGUCUGACCACGAGAGCCAGUGGGGCGGGAGCCCCCUGACUGAUACGGCUUCACCCCAGCUACUGGAGCCCACGGACAGACCCAGCUCCCAGCACCAUGAUGUCUCCUGUGCCUACAGACAGUACUCAGACCGCAGUGCUCUCUGCUAUGGUUUUACACUCGACCACUCCAGGCUGACAGAUGACAGACAUUUCCAUACUCAGGCCUGUGAAGGAGGCAGAUGUGAAGCUGGUCGGUAUUUCCUUGGCACACCGCAGCCGGGAAGGGAGAACUGGUGGGGUUCUCGUUCAGCAUUGCCCCUGACUAAGUCAUCUCCUGAGAGCAGAGAAGCCUAUGAGAACAGUAUGCCCCACAUAACUUCAGUGCACAGGAUUCAUGGGAGAGGACACUGGGAUGAGGACAGUGUUGUUAGCUCACCUGAUCCCGGCUCUGCCAGUGAAUCAGGCGACAGAUACCGCCCCGAGCAAUACCAGAGCAGCCCACACGAACCCAGCAAAAUCGAAACUCUAAUACGAGCCACCCAGCAGAUGAUUAAAGAGGAAGAAAACAGACUGCAGCUGCGGAAGACCACUCCUGAUCCACUGGUGUCCAUUAAUGGCACAGGGAAGAAACACUCUCUCUGUUUUGCAAACUACCCCCAGCAGCAGUUGGCAGGGGACGUCUGCCGCGUCCCGACGGUUGCCAACACUCCUCCCUGUGAACACAUCCAGCAACGAGAUGGAAAGAUUAUGAGCCCCCAUGAGAAUGACUAUGACAACAGCCCCACGACACUGUCUAGGAUAAGCAGCCCCAAUUCUGACCGGAUAUCAAAAUCUAGCUUGAUACUAGCUAAAGACUACCUGCAUUCUGACAUGUCCCCCCAUCAAACCCCAGGGGACCACUCGGCAGCCUCUCCAAAUUAUUACAGCUCCCACAGGCAGUACUUUGAUAAGCAUGCUUACACGUUAACUGGAUAUGCCCUGGAGCACCUAUAUGACACUGAAACCAUUAGAAACUAUUCACUAGGCUGUAAUGGAUCACACUUUGAUGUGACUUCUCACUUAAGGAUGCAGCAAGAUCCAGCACAAGGACACAAGGGGACAUCUGUCAUAAUAACCAAUGGAAGCUGA